CUCACGUUCAACAUGGCGACUGCUGAUGUCGAAGACGAUUUCGAAGCGCUCGAACCCACGGUUAAAAAUAUAAUCGAUCAGAAAACGCUGCGUUGGGUUUUUGUUGGCGGAAAAGGAGGUGUCGGCAAGACAACUUGUAGGUUAGUCAUGGGUUUUUUUAAUGUGUUCCAUGUGUUGUAUCUUGUUUUAGUUUUGUAGUUUAGGCUACAGUCUUCAUUUCUAUAUAAAAUAGUUUCUGUCAUUCUGACCACAGGCCGUAUAAGCCUCCGGCUUUGGGUUUACUGAGUUUGUAAUAUAUGAGCGAUGGAAUAAUAAAGUUAAAGUUAAGUUAAGUUAUAGAAAAUAUAUUUAGCGCCACGAUAAUAAGCAGUAGUAAAAAUUAAGUCAAAUCAUUAAUGCUUUAAAAAUAAGCUUAAAUUUUCCUUGUAAAUUAAGCUUAAUAUGUAAGCUUAUUGUCUGUAUACAAUUUUUGCAUAAAUGAAUAUGUGUCUUAAGUCAAAGUUUGUUACCAGAUGUCGUCGGUUUUUUGGUUAGGAUCUCAGUUUGUGAAAAAAUAGCACAAGUGAGAAUAGUAGAAAGGUGUAGUUAAAAAAUUAUUUCUUUGCAAACAGGAGCGUGUUAGCUUCUUAUUUAUUUAUUUAUUUUUAUUUGAUAUUUGCACAUUUUAAAAGAUUUUUAUAUUUAAUCUUUAUUUGAUUUAAUUAUUUAAUUUAAUAGCCUUUAUUUUUCAUGGCCUCAACGGGAAUAGCAUUGGCCAUGGGCCGGGGGAGCACAGCAUUUUUUUAUUGAAACACCUGCAUAAUUAAUAUGUGGGGCUGUGUGGUAAUUUUCUUCUUAUAGGAAGUGUACUUAUAUCAUGAUCAUAAUUCCCUCACCCACAUCACAGUGUGCAAAGAAUUUUGCUACUGGGCUCAUGAAUUUGGUUCUUAACUUGCUUAAUGGGUAAGUGAAGUUUUUUCAGGAAUUCAAGUUACAUAAGAACUGUGUAAACAAUCCUGCUCAUCAAAACGUUUUUGGGGCUAUUUGAAAUGUAUUUUUGGCUAGUACAUGCUAGCUACAGCUUGCCCGAAUGGCAAGUUGUAAAAGUGGCGUUCUUUGCACCCUGCAUCUGCAAUGUCAAAUUAUACAGAGUUAUACAAUACAACCAUCAAAACUGUACAUGAAAAUGAAGAAAAAUCCAAGUGACCAUAGAAUAAUGUCCCCAUGAGAUCGAAACUUCAACAUCUCUUGCAAGCAACCUCCCAGGCAUUAAAAUAUUAAAAGGCAGUCUUGUGCAAAUUUUUGUUCUCGUAAGGCUAACAUUAAUACACAUGGCCAAACUUAAAUUUCUUGUGUGCGCAGAAGCAGCCGGCAACAGUUUACAAUGGAAAUUUAUAAAGAAAUGUGGGAUAAAAAACAGCAUGGUGUUCAAUAUACCUGGACAAUUUGUUCAGUCACAGACUGAAAGGUUGAGUUCUUUAAAUCUCAGUUUUGGCAAACUUAAACUCCUAUCUUCAAAUUUUUGUGCUUCCCAGAAUUGAAAUAAAAAUGCCAAAAACUUACCUUUGUCUUCCACAAGAUUCCUUUGCAAGUGGAGCACUGCUGCCUUGAUUAACCUCGCUAAUUGAGACAGCUAGGUUCGAAAACCCUCAGAUGUUCAUUUUAAGACUUCAAGUUGAGAGUUUUAUCUUUCUUUUGUGAGUUUUUUGUCGUCUGAAAAAGCAUAUUCUUCCUUCCUAUGUUUUAAGAAUUUGUUGUUAAUUCUAUAGUAAAAGCGCAUCUACUACUCGGUUGUAAUCCAAGACCCUCUUAUUUUGGCCCAAAAUCAUCCAAAUUUUCUCCAAAACCUCUCGUUCGAAAGCUUAUUUCAUCGGUUAACCAUCAUCAUUUCUUGUUUUGGAAAUAUGUGUAUAUUUGAUCAGUGGCUUUUAUUUGACCACAAACAACCAUGUAUUUGACCACUUGAACUUUCCUAACAUUAUGAGCCCGGAAUUCGCUGUAAAAACCAGGGGUUAUGACUAUUGCAUGACAGUAUGAAUGUAAGUCAAACAAAGUUUGAUGUGCAAGAUUUCUGGCCAUGGUAUGCAGUGGUCAAAUGCUCUACAAAAGUACCUAGUAGAUUUAGUGAUCAAAAUGCCCUCAUUUUGCAUUUCAAAUUGUGAUUUCUGGUUUACAAAAUAAACCAACUUUCAUGUUUUGUUUCUGCUUGGUAAUGAGACAGCUGGGGCCUUUUCAACCAUUUAAGAUUAAUUAGUAGAAUUUUGGUUGGGGGAAGUGAUGUUGAGGUUUCUUUUACGUCUAGAUUUGCAAAAAAAUUUGAAAAAUUGAAAAAAUUCAUGUCCGGUAGUCCAGGACAUAGAUUUUCUUGCAAGGCAAUUAACUUUUAAAGCUUGAUUGCCCAACAAGCAAUAGUCCAGGUAAGUCAUCCUCUAUCAGAAAUAAUCAUAUAGUAAGACAAGUAAGAAGUGGCGCUGGGCAAGUAUAAUUGGAGUGCUGCUUACCUAAAGAACAAGCCUUAAAAUCAAUUUUUUUUUCCGAGCCCUGGAUUGGCACAUAAUUUACCAAGGACCAAAUCAUGAAGGGGAAAAAAAAUUUUGUGAGAACAAAAGAGUCAAUACUGCAGCAGCAUUGAGUGCAAGCCAGCACCUUUUUAAAUCAAGCUUUCUUUCUUUUUGUCCCUCGAUCACCAAGUUACUGAAUCUCUCUAUUCGCACUGGCAAUUUUCCUGAAAUAUGGAAAUGCUCGAAAGUGGCUGCACUUUUCAAAACUGGAGAUAGGAGAGAUGCGUCAAAUUAUCGCCCAAUUUCUAUUCUGCCAACAAUGAGUAAAAUUCUGGAAAAAGUCGUUCAUUCCCAAUUCUAUGACUUUCUGAAUUCAAAUAAUCUCCUUUCAAGCAAACAAUUUGGUUUCCGUCCCAAACUGUCUACAACAUCGGCUCUCACCAGUUUUGCAGAUGAGGUCCUAUUGCAUAUGGAGAGUGGAGAACUGUGCGGUGCAGUGUUCCUAGAUCUGACCAAGGCAUUCGAUACCGUUGACCAUACGAUCUUGCUAUCUAAAUUGUCGGCUAUCGGUGUGUCUCCCCAGCACUCUACAGUGGUUCAAGUCUUACCUGAAUCAUCGUAAACAGCGGACUGCCUGUAGCGAUGCUGUGUCUGACCCUCUCCCGAUGACCUUUGGGGUGCCACAGGGGAGCAUUCUAGGACCGCUUCUCUUCUUGGUUUAUAUUAAUGACCUUCCGCUGGUUAUAAAGAAUUGCGGUGACUUUGUAUGCUGAUGACACGGUCCUGUACUACUUUGCUAAAGAGCCACACCUGUUAGAAGAGGCACUGAAUGAUGAUCUCUUGAAAGUUGCCCAGUGGUUACAUGGAAAUAAGUUAACUUUAAAUCUUACUAAGACGAAAUCCAUGAUUAUAGGCAGUAAUAGGAAACUUGUUGGUAUUUCCUCUUUCACGUUAUCUAUUUUUGACACUGAUAUAAAUUCUGUAAGUAGUUUUAAAUAUUUGGGAGUUAUGUUGUCUUCAACUUUCACAUGGUCUGACCAUAUUGAGUAUAUUUCAUGUAAGGUUAAUAAAAACCUUGGUCUUCUACGUAGGAUUAAGUAUUAUUUACCUUAUGAUGCCCGGUUACUUUUUUAUAAUAGCUUAGUGCUACCUAUUUUUGAUUAUGCUGAUUUAGUCUGGGGUGACAAGGACAAUGUCUCACUUAUGAAGGAAUUGCAAAUUCUCCAAAACAAAGCAGCUAAGUUGAUAUUAGAUAGAUCACCUCACUCCUCAUCCACCGAUGCAUUGAUUGUCUUGAGAUGGCUGAAUCUUGAAGAACGUAGGAAAUGUCAUCGAUGUAUAUAUGCAUACAAGUGUAUUAAUGGCCAACUUAAUCAUUCUUUGGACAUUGUAAAAAGAGUGAUAUACAUUCCUACAAUACGGCAAGAAUAACGAUACUAUCAAAGCUCCCCAAAAUUAAAUAUAAUUGGGGAAAACAACGUCAUGUACCACUGUUUCAAAGACUUUAAUGAAUUAGAGAGAACUGUAAGAAACUCAGCAAGUUUUCCAAUUUUUAAGAAGUGUCUUUUUCUGCUUUUUAUAAUUGAGUACUUGUAGUGUGUAUGUUUUAAUUAUUUCUGUAACUCGAUUUUACCUUGAAUUUUUUUUUUUUUUUUUUUUUUUUUUAACUUUUUAUAUUUUAAUUGUAUUAUAUAAUAUACAUCUCGUAAUUAGGACCUCUAUGUAAACCACUCUUGUGAUGGAGCAUCCUAUUAAAAGAUUGUUAUUAUUAUUUGAAAAGAAUUAUUUGACAUUUGACACACACCGUUCUUUCAGACAUACAGUAUCAAGAAGUUAGCUUUGUGUUCUGCUCAGUUUAACAAAGCAGUACCCUUUUCUUCCUUUUUCUUUCAGUUGUAGUAUUGCCCUUCAGCUAGCCCAGACAAGAGAAAGUGUGCUAAUAAUUUCUACAGAUCCUGCUCACAAUAUUUCAGAUGCAUUUGAUCAAAAAUUUAGCAACAUUCCUACGAAAGUCAAAGGCUGUAAUAACCUUUUUGCUAUGGUGAGUGUGAGUAAACUGCUAAGUUUGUCUUCAAAAUCUAAGAUAUCAUUUUAAGUUUCUCCAAAGUAAUAGGUUAAUUACAUGUAGUCUGAACCCACCCUUCCUCCCACGUACAUACACAUGUAUACCACUCCUCCGGGGAUUCCAGUUUAAGUUCAUACUUUCCUACAAUGCCCCCCCUCCCCUUCCUCCCUACCCCUCUGGUUGUGGAAUAACCCCUCAUGAGGUGGGCACGUGAAUAUCUUUUGCAAUUAACUACCUAUAUAAAUACUAGAGUCAAAGCUCCCAUGCCACCACCUAAAGGGGCCAAGAUUUCGUAGUUUGCUCAUGAUGGGUGAUUCCUGAUUACUUGUGAGAAUUGGUCACAUAUAGAGGUGCAACUGUAUUAUCAAUACAGGCCAACCCAAAACAAGGGUGAAUAUCACACUAAAAUAAAUUACAGUGUUUUCCAACAUUCAAAAUUUAUUUAUGUUUUCUUUAGGUAUGCAUAUAACUAGCCAAAGCCAUGUAUGUGUACAUCCAUGUUAACAGGAUUUCUCAUUCCUUCAACAUUAAUUUGCUUUUCAUUAUACUUAACCAUGAUAGUCCUAUUGGAAGCAGAGUACAAUUAUGAUAUUUUGCUUUGAAAAAGCUGUAAAAUUAUAAAUGUUAAAUGAAUUUUCACUUAAAUACCAUUGCAGGAAAUAGACCCUAACAUUGGAUUUUCUCAUCUUCCUGAUGAUGUUUUUGAUGAACCAGGUACACUGUAAAAUAAUUUAAUUAAUGCUUUUUUACACAAAAUCUCUGCUUCUUGGCACUUUACAACAGCCCUGAAAUUGCACUUGUUUUGGGAGACAAAAUUACUCUGUACUGUUUUAAAGGACAGUAUGUAUCACCCUUAUUGUGAAAAAGAUGGUCUUUGUGCCUAAAUAUUUUUGAAUAGACUUACUUUUACCCUGAAGGGCUUCAUGUCCUUCAGUGAAAACCUUAUUAUAAUACAUGUAAAUCCUAGACUACGAGUAGUCCCCCAUUUUUUCUCAGGGAUAGUAGAGCGAGCGAAACGCGAGCGGGUGUGAAAAUCACCCCACACGAGAAAAGGCGACACGCGGCAGGGUGAGUCGCCUUUUCAUGCGUGGGGUGAUUUUCAUGCGCGCUCGCAUUUCGCUCGCUCUACUAUCCCUGAGGAAAAAUGGGGGACUACUCGUAGUCUAUGUAAAUCCCAGUAAAUAAGAAAAACCUUGAUACCGCUGUUUAACAACAAAUGGCACUCUUUUACCUUUUAGUUGUAAAAAGUAUGGAGUAGCCUCAUUUCAACAAACAUCUGUUUACCAGUCUGUAGGUACAUGUACCUCAUUAUUUUCGGGUUCCACAACACAAUAUUGUCAGUUUUCACAUGGUGUCCCUAUAAUUCAAACUACAAAACUAUCUAUCCUACUGGGAUUUUUCUUUCAUGUAAAAUGUAUUAGAGCAGCUGAAAACUAAUUUUCAAACAAAUUUUUGCUUCAAAGUCAUUCUUGGUUUUGUGAUAGAGUACGCCUGAAGAUCUAAGCUUUCGUGUGACAUGGCAUUUACAUGAUGGCUGAGAGAGCUGUCAUGUAUGUUAAAAAGUGACUUAUUUUGGGGAACUUUGCUAUCUAAACAGUUCAUGUAAUAGAAAAAAGUAUUUCUUUAAAAUUAAUGUUAUGAGUUCCUCAAGGAAUAAAUUCAUGCUUUUGUAGCAAAACUCGGUAACAAAUGUUCCUGUUGGUUUCGGUCCACCAUGUUGGUGCUCAUCCAGAUGGACACCAGCAUGGUUCUCCAAACAAAUCUCUAUAAAUUUGGGUAAUAAAUCAUAUUUCUUCGGAUAUCUCUGAUAUAAAAUGUUCCUCUGACCUGAAUCUUGGCGAGGGUCUUUGCAAAUUUACCUCCUUUUAUUUCCUAGAUUCUGGACUAGCAAAGUGCUCAUACAUUUAACAGAUAUGUUUGUACUCUUAUUUUUCGUUUACAGUUAUUGAUCAAUGCCGUAUCCUUAUUAUUUUUAUAUGAACAUCACUAGAUAGAAUACUGAGUUGUCUCAUUGUUUUUUCUAACGUUAUUAUCAUCAUUAUCACUGGUAUCAUCAUCAUCUUCGUCAUCAUCAUCAUCAUCAUCAUCAUCAUCAUCAUCAUCAUCAUCAUCAUGACCACUAUCAAUAUGUAACAAGUAAACUGUUAUACUGUAUUAUUACUUUCCUGUAGAUGUUAUGUCCAUGGGUAAGAACAUGGUGAAAGAGCUUCUUGGGGCAUUUCCAGGAAUUGAUGAGGCUAUGAGUUUUGCAGAAGUCAUGAGGUAGUGUAUAGACUAUUAUGAGUAGACCCAAGAUGGAACUGUUCUUGAUAUAAUCAAUUGGCUUUUUCUCACCAGGUUGGUGAACACGAUGGAUUUCAGUGUUGUUGUGUUUGAUACAGCCCCUACUGGUCACACCCUUAGAUUGCUGGCCUUUCCAUCUAUUAUUGAGAAGUCUCUUGGAAAGAUUAUGUCUCUUAAGAACAGUAUAGCACCAUUCAUAUCACAGGUAUAUGGCUCAAAUACAAAUAUGUGUAUCGCAGAAGCUCGGGGGAGAAUGGCCCGUUAAAUAUUAGGGUUGGGAGGACUGAGAGAGGUAGAUUAAAUUGUGCAAAUGGUGAGAGCGCGGGUUUCACUACCGGCUCAAAAAUUGGAAGCUGAGACAUUGUUGAUCUCGCUUUGGUUAUCACGGGUACAGUGUACUUGGCUCAACAAGACCUGGCCGAUUGCAUAACAUUUUGUUUUAAUAAAUCUUACGAGUUAUCUAAAUGCAGAAUUUUCCGUAGAUGGAUAGAGAAAUCGUUAUGCUUGGUCUAAACCGCCUACAUGUAACUUUUUGGCCGUUUCUCAAACAGAGGAGGCAAAUGACUACGGCUAGUGCCUGCUUCACAAAACACUACAGAACGAAAAAGGAAUCACCAUUCCACUGUGUAUUAAACGGAACAGCUCCGCAUCAAAAUUUCCAUCCGCUAGGAAAAUUUGUCCCAGUUAAAACUUUAUUUGAUGCGUAGAAGUUCAGUUUCUGGUCUUGGACAAUUAAUGAAUGGGACUCCUUUAUUUUUCUUUUUUUACUUAUUUGACUGAUCCACGAUUAGUUUUUAUCGAUUUGAAGUGAAUUACGUAAUAUUUUUUGUCUAAUUAUUUAUUUUUAUUAGUAUUUACCUUCAAAACUGCGGUAUGCCCUCUCGUAGUUCUCGUAUAUGCGUGUAGGAUCGAGGGAAAACUGUCGCGAUCUGUAAAAAUAUACAAAUUAUUACAUACAUAUAACAUUGCAUCUGUAACAAUGUUUUUGAAGGCCUGAAACGAAGACUCUUCCAUUUCUUGGCUAAUCUUGCCACAAAACUAUCGAUUUUUAUUUUUGUGAGUGUUGUCUCGAUCUGAGUAAAUGGGUGGCUUUAACGUUAUUUAGGGAUCACAUACAAUUAGUUCCCUGGCCAUGUGCCUUUUUUUCAUACGCUGCUAUCGUUUAGUAAUGAUAUUCAGCGUUCCGUAAUGAAGGAAAGAUGGCCGGUUGUGUAUUCCUUGUUUGUAGAGUGCGCCCCACCGAACCUUCAGGUAUUCUAGUUGGCAGGUUAUCUUUUUCAACGCGUACUACGUACCAAAGAAGCAAAGGAGUAGGUGUGUUAACCAGAGAAGUAUCCGAGUUGACGCGUGGCUUGUAAUGCGCCACACUCGGCGAUAAAAUUUUUGCCUGUUCACAGCGGUCUUGUUUGUACGUACUUGUCUGAGUAAUCGGGCAAGUAACGCUCUUCUCAAUGUCGAGCUCUCAUGUUUGAUCUCCCAUUAUUUAAGGCAAACAAAGCUCCGCAGUAGUUGGUUUUCAGCUGUUUCUCUGCAGAAACUUAAGCUUUUAAUAACAGUUCGCCCGGGCAGGGGUAUUUUGCAGAAUGCCGAACGCAGAUUAGUGAUUAGGGUUAGGAAACUGAGCGAAUCAAGUUUCAGGUCCAUUUUCCCAGUACAGUGACCCUAAUGGGACCCACUCAGUUUCCUAGCCCUGAUCACGAAACUUUAGUGUCAUUAUGCCAUUAGGCGUUCUGCAAAAUACCCCCUGCCGCAAUUCGCCUCUUAGUAAACAGAAACCAUCAAGAACGUGUAUUGGACAAUACUCCUUUUUCUUUUUUCUUUUCUUUCAUUUUUUUUCUUUUGCUUAUUGUCAUCAUUAUUAUUACUUACUUAUUUUUUUCUAGUUUGGGUCAUUGCUAGGCAUUCAUGACAUGAACGCAGAUCAAAUGACCAAGAAACUAGAGGAUACAUUACCUGUCAUACAGCAAGUCAGUGAACAAUUCAAAAAUCCAGUAUGUGUUAUUUUGAUUCUACUUUUCUUUAACUAAAUGUGAACUUCUCAACUUUGCUUGAAUAGAAGAAAAACAGGAUAAAAUGUCCCACUGAUCUUAAGUUAGAGGUAAUUGAUUCCCACUGAUAUAACACUACUUUUACAGUCAUCCCAAGUUAGGUGUACCCCCAAGAUUCCAUCAAUGAAUUUAUUAUUCGAAGGUUGAAUCCGUUGGUAGUUGUGGAUUUCAGACCCAUCUGUUCAGUCUUGUAUGCAUAAUGAGCCGUGAAUUCACACGCGAAGGAGUUAAUUAAAUAUCUACCAGCUGUUUUCAGAAUUUGAUGUAAAUGUCUUCGAUGCAAUUUUAACCAUUCAAAGUUUUCAAACUGACCAGAUACAGAUAAGGUCUCGUAAAAUAUUCACUGCUCAUUACGCAUGCAGGAAUGCCGACUUCAAUUUCGCACUAGUUACGGGAACGACUAACGGAUUCAUUUUUCAAAUAAUCAAUUCAUUAAUGGAAUCUUGGGGCCUCCGAAUGGGCGAGGAGAGCCGAGCGGCCUUCUCCCCCUCUUCCCCCAUCCCUUUCUGAGCACGCUUUCUCGCCUUAUGGCCGUAUCCCUUACGAGAGAGGGUUUGCUCGCUGGCUAUUCUCACAAUCACCUUUACUAUAGAACAAUAAUUAAGUUCCGUAGAUAUAUUUAAUCCCUUUGCCACACAAAGAAAAGUAAAAGAGUCUCUCUAAAAGGAGAAGUGUGUUUAAAAAUAUUCUCUGAAGUAAAGUGAAUUAUUUUUUCACCUUCAAUGACAACAGUAUUUUUCCAUUGAUAUCUGUAUAUAUUUUAUAUGUUAACCAUAUACGUACUUGUUUUUUGUAGGAUCACACAACAUUUGUGUGCGUGUGUAUAGCAGAAUUUUUGUCUCUUUACGAAACAGAGAGACUAGUGCAAGAACUCACCAAGUCAGAAAUCGACACGCAUAACAUAAUAGUAAAUCAGCUUGUUUUUCCUGACAAAAACACAGGUAUGACGACCCUUAAUCUUAUCUUAAUUGUUAUUAGGGAAUUAUAGUUCUUCCCGUCUUUUCAAAUUCCAGCGUUAACUCUGGCGUUAUAAUGGUUGUCACUUUCGAGUCUUGAACAACGCGUAUAGCUGUCAAGAAGAAUUGUCUUUUUGAUGUUUUAAGUGCUUAAUGAGGUUGUUGCAACUUUUGAGCCAGCCUGUGGCUGAAUAACUCGAUAUGUGCAUUUUAGCAAACUUGGACCGUGAUGUCAUCAAAAGAGACACCCUGAAAAGGCCAGGAUCAGAUUUUAUCCGCCAAAACAAGUUCUUACUAUUUCUUGGAAUAACGUAAAAAUUUAUUUCCCCUCAAUAAAGAAGACGAAGCGGAAAGGUUUAGAAAGUCAGCCUCGAAACUCACUCAUGCGACUUGUGCUACAGGGAUCUUUAAUUUUGGGAUUUCUGAGGAGUUGCCGAAACAUUAAAUGAAAGCGAACCGUAGCGUUUUAAAUCUGUUACCCAGUACCCUGGCUCAGUCUAAAGGUCCAACUUAACGUAUUUAAGCGAUGAAGUAAACUUACAUACGUCCACAGUUGGGGAAAAACCCAUGGUUGAAAUUUGUUUUUUUUUUGUAGGUGCGGCGUGUACUUUAUGUGAAGCACGAGCGAGAGUUCAGAACAAAUAUCUUGAACAGGUAACAAACACAUUACAGUCGUAGCCUGCUUGGCAGGCGUUAAAAGGGGGAGGGGAAAUUUGGGCGCGCGAGGGAGAAAGGAAAGGAACGCCUGCAAGGACGCCAUUGUUUUCUCCAUUUUUCACGCUCAGAUUAAAAAUAGUGGUUGGUCAGAAUUAAUUAAAUGUCAAUCUUCGACUUAAUACCUUUUUCCGAUUGGUUGAAAUCAACAUCACGCCAUUUGAGUUACUAAACAUAUGUCGUUAGUGAAGUGUGAUGAGAUUUCUCUACGAGGCCUUCCAAGGGGUAAAAGCGACAUGCGACACGGCCCUGAAAACUGGCGACAUGGGAAUUUUUAAAAAGCGAGAAGUGACAUGCCUACGCUGCUAAAAUGCGACAGCGACAUACUAAACAGUGAAAAACGACGGUGACAUUGGAAAGUUGUGCAUUUUAUCAGUAAAAGUGACUCAGAAUACAGGAAAUUGCAUUUCUGAGGGUUCAGAUUUUCCAAAUUUUCCCGCGGGAGCCUACCCUUAAAGAAGAAGAAGAAGAAGCGUUCAUCCUUCGCCGCUCACAAAGUUUUGCCAACUGACCACCAUGAAAAUCCUGUUAUAGCCCUGUUGCGAAACAGUUUCUCGCAAAACAAAAAUGACUGGUACAGUUACGUACACUUCAAAAAACGACAGCGACAUUUGCAGCUGUAGAUUAGGCGACAACGGUCUCCUAAAGCAAGCGACAUUGCGACACAGCUACCCCCCUUGGAAGGCCUCCUCUACGGGAAUUCAUCGUUAGAAGGCAUCAGCUUAAAAGGAGAAUAGAAAAAAGCAGUUUAAGAAUCGUAUGAAGGAAAAGGCUUUUUACUGACUAGUUCUGAAAAGUAUCAUCUCUCAACGGCAAUGGACGACCGCAUUUGAACUUUUUUAAUAUUAACUUACUUUAGAUCUCUUGUUUUAGGAAAACAAAAGAAAAACAGUGCGAGAAAUACGACGUGAAUCGCGACCAGACAUGUUUGACAGCUAGUCAUUCACAGUUGCGUUAUUUUUGUUAUUCUUUUAAUUAGCAGACGGGAUGGCGAAAACAAUGGCUUCCUUGCAGGCGUUCCCUUCCUCCCUCCUCCCUCCUCGCUCGCGCGUGGUAUCGCGCCCUAAUUCCCUUCCCCUUCCCUUUCGAACGCCUGCCACGCAGGCUAUUACAGUCAAAGCCGUCACAACAGACACACUUAACGCAUUCACACCUCAUCCGACCGCAUAACGCCUGUUCAGAUUCUCUUCCCUUGUACCACUUGAUAUCCUCUUAACAUAUUCAAACAUUAUCUACACUCGUUACGGCCCGUUUAGAUCUUCGUCCCUUACACCACUUGUUACUCUCUUAACACAUUCAAACAUUAUCCAAACGAGUUACCGUUUAGAUCCUGGUCCCCUAAACCACUUGUUACUCUCUUAACAGAUUCACACUAAAUCCACCCGGGCGUUUAGAUCCUCGUCCAUAUAAUUAUUUGCCGCUUUUAUUUUCAGAUUCAAGAUUUGUAUGAAGACUUCCAUGUUAUUCGCCUCCCACUAUUAGCUCACGAAGUUCGUGGAUAUCACAAAAUCGAACAUUUCUCGAAACAUCUAAUCACGCCUUACGCAGUGUAAACAUUUGAAUAUACAUAUGUGAUCAACCGUGUCAUCUUUCUUAUGUUGUCUGUACUAUGGUCCUCAAAUCCUUAAAGGUUCGUUAACAUUGAUAAGGGAUAAGGUUUUAGGGACAUGUUCUACAGGAAUAUUACUUACUUAAUACUUACUCACUUAGGCCGGGAAUCAUCCCGAGUCGUCCUAAUAUAAUCUUUCCACACGAGCUGAUCGAGCAUUGGAUUUCUUAUCUCUUUGGUAUCGUCCAGUCCUGUGUCAGCCUUGAGGGUGUCAAUGUAUGUAGUUCUUGGUCAUGUUGAGGUUCCCAAAGCAACACUUUUGAAGCAGUCUCUUCAUUGUGACAAGCACAAUGGCCAGUAAAUCUUAACCUGCUCGCACGGAUUGUUUCACUAACUCUUGGGAGGCUCCCGAAUAGCUCCUGGUUGUUCAUAUGUUGUUGGCCAUUUACAGCAUUCUUAAUUAAAGCCUCUGUAAUAUUUGUUAUUUUACCGGCGAACACAAGAUACUAGGCAAAUUUGCCAAGUGAAGUUUUUAACUAGUUGAUUAAAGUUUAACUUCUUAUGAAAUAUCAACCGUUAGGAUUUGUUAUAGAAUUUCACAGGCAUCAAGGACAAUCUUGUGAACUGUUUGCAACAUCCCUCCAUGAAAAAUCUUUUUUUUUUUUGCCACAUAAUGACUAAAAUUCUUUUCGUUCGCGCACCAAACGUAUUAGUGUCAGUUAUUUUGGCGACAAAAUCAUGUUCGGUAUUCCAGUGUCGUAUAACAGCAACUUCUCCCAAGGACAUGAAUCCCCGUUUAUGAAAGCAAUAAAACACUGCCCUGGUAUUACUUGACAGGGUGGACGAUCUUUCUACCUCUUUUCCAAUCUUUUGGUCAAGCUUCCCGUCCCAAAAGUUGGACUACAAUGAGUGACGCAGGGUUUGAAAAUCCCCUUAUUUGCAUGCCAUCUUGGCUUUAAGGCUUUCUGCAUAGUUGCAAUAAAGUUGUCAUAGGAAAAUGAACAAAAAGAAUUGAAAAAUCUAAUUAGGAAAAAAUUAGGCAUGCUCAUUUCAUUAAGGGAUGUACUUUCACGAAAGAAAGAAGCAGAAGAGGACAUUUUCACAGACGCCAGUAUAUCCUCUAAACUGUAUUAAUGCCAAAUAAAAGUAUUUAACCGUUCUACAAUACUCUUGUCAGGAACAUAAAAAUUAUCAAACCUUAAUUUCCAUGACUAAUUAAUUAAAAACUAUUUGCCUUUUUUCUCUUAUGGUAAGGUGGCUAUCAAUACACAUCACACCUUUUCAACUUCC